CCUUACUUGGUUAAGGCAUUAAUUGAUACAUCAUCAGAUGAAAACAUUAUUAGAAAAAGCUUAGUUGAUAAACUUGGAAUAAAAUAUAGUGACUCACCAAAAUAUUUUAAAAAAAAAAUGAAGGAUGCCUUAGGAAUUGUGGAAAGCCUUGAAUUAUCUUUUCGAUUUAAGAGUAAGAAUAAAUUAGUAUCUGGUAGUGAUAAAGUUUUAAAUGAUUUUGUAGUCUGCAAAGAAUCUAAAGCUGAUCUUGUAUUAGGAAUGCCAUGGCU